CGCGGAUCUGGGGUACACGGCAGUGACGGCCUUUACCAGUACGAGACGUACAUGCGAAUAUAUGUCGGGCAAUCUUAAAACGCUUGACGAAGAUGAACUGGCCGAGCAGAUGAUUCCAGCAAACGGCCGUUCACGUUCUAACACGGCGAAACGUCAUGAUGUCGGUGCCAUCUCGACUUCCUGUCGAGCUGUGGCUGCAAAUCUUCGAGCACGUCGAACCUUCCGAUCUAUGGCUUUCAGUCCGACGUGUCAACCGGACGUUUCGGAUGUGUGCUGAAGACAUCGCAAAGGCUCACAUAAUCCACCGAAUAUCGCUGAGCAUGAAUCUUAGUCUCGGAUCAGGAACUCAUCAUCGAUGGUAUGACGUUCGUGGUAGCGUCAGAUUAGCUUUCAAAGCAAUAUCACAGCAAAAUCCUCAAUAUGCAGAGUUCGAGAUUACUGCCUUUCUACCUGUAGGCUUCUCGCAAAGCGCAGAGGAGAAAUGGAACCGGAUGUGUGCCAAAGAUACCGGUGGAGACACUCCCUGGAACGUAAAAUUGGAUGGCGGGAGCCCAAUCGCUAUGCUCCUGCCAGACAGUACGAUCUCUCGAGAGCAAGGCUUGUGCUGUAACUGGAAGUCGAUGUUGUCCGGCUACUUGGCAAGGCUCAGAAGCUCUUGAAACAGAAGCGUGAACGCCAUCAGCACACGUGAAGCCGAAAUGGCAGCAUUUGGAACAUCACGCCUACUUGCACAAAGCCCCACCUCCUCAUUGGAUGAGUGUCUUUAUCAAGUCUUCGCAGUAGCUUUGAGCUCUAUCAGCAUGCCAUGUUCUCCAUCUCAUACGCUCGUGAAGCAUUGACAGCUGGCUCUACGCGGUGCUCUCAGGGAGCUUGGC